CCUCAAAUUAACAUGACCACAAAACAAUUACCUAAACUUGUAUUUGUCACGGGCAACAAGAACAAGCUGAAUGAAGUUCGAUACAUUUUAAAUGGUGUUAUUGACGUUGAGUCUCACAAUUUAGAUUUACCUGAACUUCAAGGAGAGACCCAAGAAAUUGCAAAGCAAAAGUCCAAACUUGCUGCGGAAACAUUAAAGGGUCCUUGUAUCACAGAAGACACUGCUUUAUGCUUUAAUGCUAUGAACGGUCUUCCUGGCCCUUAUAUUAAAUGGUUCCAGAACUCUUUAGGACAUGAGGGUAUCAAUAAAAUGCUUGCAGGCUUUGAAGACAAAUCUGCAGUUGCUCUCUGUACUUUUGGAUACUGUGAAGGCCCUGGACACGAACCUAUUAUCUUUGAAGGCAAAACGACUGGCAAGAUUGUACCUGCACGAGGACCAGGCACCUUUGGCUGGGAUGCUAUCUUUCAACCCGAUGGAUAUGACCAGACCUAUGCUGAGCUGGAUAAAGAUAUUAAGAAUUCUAUUUCGCAUCGUUCAAAAGCCUUGGAUGAACUAAAGAAAUACUUUGAACAUAAGAAACAAUAAAUGUUUGAAUAUAGACACAUAGAGUAACAUAUAAAGUUGUUAAUACCUGUAGCUAUCAAGAAUUUUCUGCUCUAAAGGAAGGAGGGCGGCAAUAAACAUCUAUUGAUCAAUCGGGUGACUGAUGCUAUUUAACUGAGAACAGUAGCAUUACAUGAGUCUUGCUCAACAGGAGAGAUGAACAGUCGAUUUAUCCUCGUGAAACCGCUAACUCCAGGAAAGAAUAUAAAAUGGUUAUAGCAGGGUUUGAGAGA